GCGACCUCAGCAGAAAUGGCAGGGGAGCUGCGAUACCCGUGCAAGACAUCAGCUGGAGUGGCAGGGGAGCUGCGCUACCCGUGCAAGACAUCACCUGGAAAGGCAGGGGAGCUGUGCUACGCGGGCAAGGUCGUCAUCGUGACGGGCGGCACCAGAGGCAUUGGCGAAGCGAUCGUGAAAGUGUUCGUUCACCAAGGAGCCAAGGUGGUCUUCUGUGCACAGGAAUGUGAACGGGAAAGGGGGGAAGCCCUUCAGAGGGAACUGGAAGAGUCUGGGUGCCCUGGAGAAGCUCGUUUUGUGGUCUGCGAUGUUGGCAUUGAAGGUGAUAUUAAGAAUCUGGUUUGCGUGACCAUAAGCCUGUAUGGACGCCUCGAUUGCCUUGUGAACAAUGCCUCAGUUUUUCCCCCUUUACAACCAAUAGACAAUGUGUCCGGAGAAGAAUUCAUCGUUCUGGGGGACAUCAAUGUUACAAGCUAUUUCUUAGCAGCAAAGUAUGUGCUGCCUCAUCUCCGGAUGACAAAAGGAAACAUCAUCAACAUCUCCAGCCUUGUUACUUAUACUGGAUAUUAUAAUUCUGUUGCAUAUGUCGCAACCAAGGGUGCUGAAACUGCCAUGACAAAAGCACUGGCCCUCGAUGAGAGCAAAAACGAAGUCCGAGUCAACAGUAUCUCGCCUGGUAAUAUCUGGACUCCUCUGUGGCAGAGGCUGGCAAGCGAAUCAGGUGAUCCAGAGGCAACAAUCCAGCGAGGCUGUGAUGAAUCGCCUCUGGGACGUUUCGGGACCGCAGAAGAGGUUGCACGGGCUGCCUUGUUCCUGGCUAUUAAUGCCACUUUUUCCACCGGGGCUGACCUUGUGAUCAGUGGAGGAGCUGAGCUUGGCAUGGCACCGAAGAACCACCAAGAUGUCACUGAAGGUGUUAAAGGCUAGUGGGAAUGGGCCAGGAUCACAGUUCCUCUGUGCUUGCAAGGACAGGGGAGAAAACAGUGAUUCCCCUCUUUACAGAAGGGCUGGCUGUCUUAACGCUCAACCAUUAAAAAUAAUUAAAAAAUAUUUACUGGGUGAAUUGUGGGAUGCUUCUUGACCAUUUGAUCUCCAUCAUACCUCAGAAGAGAAGAC